CCUCAUUCACGUCCACGCUCGUGUCGCGCGAGGAUCUCGUCGCCCUCAUCGUCAUCUUCUUCAUCCUCCGAGAUCACUUCUUUUCACUUUUAACUUCUAUUUCUUUUUCUAAGCGGACACUUCCCUCCCUCACCGGCUGGCUGGCCGUGCCGCCCUCUGGUGGACAAAGAGGGAAUUGAAAACAUGUGAUUUCAGCGAACCACAGGAAAUCCUUUGACUUCCAAGGAAACCAAGUUGGACUUUUUCUUUUUUAAACCUCCAGCCCGACAAAGAGGAAGGAAUGCAUGAUCCCACAUCUGAGGACCCCAUUUUUUUAUGAGCAUCAGGGAAAAAAAAAAGAGUUUUUCCCCCAGCCGACAUGCCGACGGAAUCCUUCCAUGCUGCCUACGCUGCAGCGGCUCAGUCCGCCGUCGGCGUGUCGCCCCCGGGGAACCUGCUCCGGAUGUUCCGGGAGUACCACAGCAACGCCGUCAUCAUUGAACACUACAACUUCACGGGCAAGCUGAAGGAGAACAAGUACAAGGAGGGACUCAAACCGGAGGCCAUCGCCUUCCUGCUGGUGUGCCUUCUGAUCGUGGCGGAGAACGCCGUGGUGCUGGUGGCCAUCUGGAAGAACAAGAAGUUCCACCUUCCCAUGUACUACUUGUUGGGCAACCUGACUCUCUCCGACCUGUUGGCGGGCUUCACCUACAUGGUCAACCUCCUGACGUCCGGCGAAAACACGCUCAGCAUGACCCCCGUGCUGUGGUUCCUGAGGGAAGGGGGCGUGUUCAUCAUGCUGGCGGCGUCCGUCAUCAGCCUGCUGGCCAUCGCCAUCGAGCGCCACGUGACCAUGGUGAGGAUGAAGCCCUACCAGGGCGACAAGAAAGGCCGGAUGUUCGCUCUGAUCGGCGCCAGCUGGGUGCUCGCCGUGCUGCUGGGGGUCUUGCCGGUCAUGGGUUGGAACUGCAUGGGCCGGCUGAACCGCUGCUCCACCGUGCUGCCGCUCUUCGCCAAGAGCUACAUCCUCUUCUGCGUCACCGUCUUCAGCGCCGUGCUCAUGUCCAUCGUGGUGCUGUACGUCCGCAUCUUCCGCAUCGUCAAGUCCAACACCCAGCGCCUGGGCUCGGGUCCGCAGAGGAAAGGAUUGUGCCGCAAGUCGCAGAAGUACAUGGCCCUGCUGAAGACGGUCACCAUCGUCCUGGGGGUCUUCAUCGCCUGCUGGCUUCCCCUCUUCGUCCUCCUGUUGCUCGACUUCUUCUGUCCAACCAAGAGCUGCCAGGUGCUCUUCAAGGCGGACUACUUCCUGGGCAUCGCCAUGUUCAACUCCCUCCUCAACCCCAUCAUCUACACCCUGACCAGCAAGGACAUGAGGCGGGCCAUCAUCCGGCUGCUCUGCAGUCGGUGCCUGCUGACCAAAGACGGACAAGUGAAGAAGAUGGGGAUCAACUUCCUGGAGUGCAGCACCAGCAAGACUGACGCCGCCUCUCACAGACUGGAGGGACUGGAGACCACCGUGUCUUCCGGGAACUUUACACCUUCUACCAUAAAAGCCAUUUUCCCCAAACUGUCAAAGACUUGAUAGCGGGAAAGUAUGAGGUGACCACUGAUGGAUCGGACGUCCAGAAACUGAAACCACGCAUGAUUUAAGCGCGGCGGCGACAAGAGUGUGACUCCAAGACUUCAGGUGAAGUCUCCGGAUGAAGUCUUUCUGGGAUUCAUCUUUCGAGAUGAUCUUAUAUAUUAAAAGAAAUGGUAUUAAAAGGCGCAGUUGGAACGGUAAGCCCUGAUACGUGACCGAAUUGUACGAAAACUGAAACAACUUUGGCCAUAGAAAAAUAAUGUCAAUCAAUGAAUCCGUCCAAAAAUCUUCAAUCUUACGCUCUCGUUGUGAGGGACAACAUUUUGUUUUUACCUUCAUCUAAAAAAAGACGAUGGAAUUUUUACUUUUGAAGUGGGUUACUUGAAUGCACUACAUUUAUCUGCUCAAAACGUGCAAGUUUUGGCAAAAAAAGAGUCCUCUUUGGGGUUUACUGUGAAGUGAAAUUGAAUCAGGUGGAGUCGCCUCACUCAUCUUUGCACUGACCUGAUCGCUGAGCGUGUAACGAGCCACGCCCCAUCCACGGUUGUGGCCAAGGGGCGUCACGCUCCAAAUAACUUGCCUGACUAAUCCACGCAGUUACAUGAAUGAUUGCCAUUUUUUUUAAUGACGAAUCACAAUUUAUUUGACAGCUCUACUCAAUUCACGACAAAUUACCCAGAAUUGAUUAACGUGGACCUCGACUUAAACAAGUUGAAAAACUUAUUGGGGUGUUACCAUUUAGUGCUCAAUUGUAGGGAAUAUGUACUGUAUUGUGCAAUCUACUAAUAAAAGUUUCAAUUAAUCAAUCAAUAAAAUAUUGAAGGAUAACAUUAAUGAGAGUGGAGAUGAUGGUAAUAGUAAAAUAUGGUAAUAAUUAAAAAGUCUAUUAAUAUUACUAAUAAUGGCUCUAAAUGCCUUAACUACUCCUUUAACUCUCAAUUGAUUUGUAUUACCUUCAAAACCAAACAGGACGUGAAAAUCCUUAAGUCUUUAAAAACAUUUUGUACCUUUUUCUUUGCUCAAAUUUCUCUAAUAAAUAUAUAUAUAUUUUUUUUUUUACCAUUUUUUUAAGAACUUUUCAGGUUUAAAGGAGUUAAAUAAAUCAUGUUCUGCACAUCUAUACAAAUUGAAAUCUGUGAUGCCUUUAAAAAAUAUGUGUAAUGAGAAAAAACGCAUUAUGUGAUUGGUAUUUUUCUUUGGGGCUAAAGUUGAUUGGAGGGGAAUAAAUGGAAACCUAAAAAAAAAUGUAUGCUCUUAGAAAAAUUAAGUACUUGUAUGUCCUGUCUGGCUGUGAUGACGCGGCGGCUUGUCCAGGGUGUAAACCGCCUUCCGCCCGAAUGCAGCUGAGAUAGGCUCCAGCGACCCCGAACGGGACAAGCAAUAGAAAAUGGAUGGAUGGAUGGAUGUCCUGUCUGGUUUUUAGGGUAUUGUUGAAUAUCUGCCAAUGUAUUGUAUACUUGUAAAAAACCUGUAAAAUAAAGUAACAUAACAAAAAAUACCGACAAAAUACAGACAAGAUGUACUGAAAAGUCAUCCCCUGUAACCUGAGGGUUAAAAUACUACUACAAGUACUAAUAAUAAUAACAACAACAACAGAUAUUGUGUAUGGGCUAAACACAUUCUUAAUGCAGCACCUACCCUCAUGAUCAAAAUUUUUAUUUUUUGGUAGUAUAAAAAGGUAUACUUCUGGGCUUUUGGAUUCCAAAAUAGUACUUUUGAUAGAACAUUCUUUCAACAUUCAUUCUUUCUGGUUUGGAAACGUCUCAUUCCUCUAUUUUUGAGAGUGUGCGAUGAACGAGAGACUAGGGCAAGAUUUUAAAUCGGAAAAAAACAAGUCAUUAAUGAAAAGUGGGGCGUAGGAAAACCGAGGUACCGCUGUAGCGUGAUAUCACGACUGGGUGAAGGAAACAAACAAAGCAUGACGCCCAGAACAGUGGUUCUCAAAUCUUAAUCACCAAGUACCCCCUCAGAAAACACUUGGCUCUCCAAGUAUCAAUCAAUCAAUCAAGGUUUAUUUAUAUAGCCUUAAAUCACAAGUGUCUCAAAGGGCUGCACAAGCCACAACGACAUCCUCGGUUCAUAUCCCACAUAAGGGCAAGGAAAAACUAAAUUUUUUUUACAGUACCACCGUAAUGAUCCACAUUACAAUACCAGUUUUUAACAGUUACACAGUGUUUGAUUAAAGGAAAAUAAAAUAAAAUAAAUUGGAGAUCACAUAUAACUAGUGGGGCUUCACGGUGGCAGAGGGGUUAGUGCGUCUGCCUCACAAUACGAAGGUCCUGCAAUCCUGGGUUCAAAUCCAGGCUCGGGAUCUUUCUGGGUGGAGUUUGCAUGUUCUCCCCGUGAAUGCGUGGGUUCCCUCCGGGUACUCCGGCUUCCUCCCACUUCCAAAAAAACAUGCACCUGGGGAUAGGUUGAUUGGCAACACUAAAUUGGCCCUAGUGUUUGAAUGUGAGUGUGAAUGUUGUCUGUCUAUCUGUGUUGGCCCUGCGAUGAGGUGGCGACUUGUCCAGGGUGUACCCUGCCUUCCGCCCGAUUGUAGCUGAGAUAGGCGCCAGCGCCCCCCGCGACCCCAAAAGGGAAUAAGCGGUAGAAAAUGGAUGGAUGGAUGGAUAUAACUAGUGGAGAGAGAGUAUGGCCAACUCGGUUUCGAAGUUGGUAGCAAACAUGGCGCUGAGUCAGAGAAAGUAUUGCCAAAUGCUUGUCCCUAGUCUAGACCAGUGGUUCUUAACCUGGGUUCGAUCGAACCGUGAAUUGAUUAACGGGGACCCCGACUUAAACAAGUUGAAAAACUUAUUGGGGUGUUACCAUUUAGUGGUCAAUUGUACGGAAUAUGUACUGAACUGUGCAAUCUACUAAUAAAAGUUUCAAUCAAUCAAUCAAGAGGGAGCUUAUGUAGCCGAGGAUCGGACCGCCAAGUGCCCUGCCUUCGGCUGCCACCCAGCUCACAUUGCACCCGACCUCUAAGGCCCCUGCUAUGGGUGGUGAGCCCAUUGGAAGGGGGACCCACGUUGCCUCUUCGAGCUGUGCCCGGCCGGGCCCCAUGGGUACAGGCCCGGCCACCAGGCGCUCGCCAUCGUGCCCCACCUCCGGGCCUGGCUCCAGAGGAGAGCCCCAGUGACCCGCGUCCGGGCGAGGGAAAUCUGGGUCCUUUGUUUUUACUUUUCAUAGAGGUUUUCGAGCUGCUCUUUGUCUGGUCCCUCACAUAGGACCAGUUUGCCUUGGGAGAACCUACCAGGGGGCUUAAAGCCCCCGGACAACAUAGCUCCUAGGAUUAUUAGGACACGCAAACUCCUCUACCACGGUAAGGUGGCAGCUCAGAGAGGAGCCAGAUGAGGUGGUUCGGGCAUCUGGUCAGGAUGCCACCCGAACUCCUCCCGAGGGAGGUGUUUAGGGCACGUCCAACCGGUAGGAGGCCACGGGGAAGACCCAGGACACGUUGGGAAGACUAUGUCUCCCGGCUGGCCUGGGAACGCCUCAGGAUCCACCGGGAAGAGCUAGACGAAGUGGCUGGGGAGAGGGGGCUUCCCUGCUUAGGCUGCUGCCCCCGCGACCCGACCUCGGAUAAGCGGAAGAAGAUGGAUGGAUGGAUGGAUGGAUGGAUGGAUCAAUCAAUCAAAAGACCCAGAGAGUUGGCCUCAGGGGUUCGGCAGAGGUCAAGACACACCCGACUCAUCGUGUAAAUAAAAACUUCUUCCUAUCGGUGUAUUAUGUAUACGGCAACCAUAGAAGUCACACUGAUUUGCAGGUGUGUAAUUGGUCGUGAGUUCAUCAAUCUAUCAAUCAAUCAAUGUUUAUUUAUAUAGCCCUAAAUCACAAAUGUCUCAAAGGACUGUACAAACCACUACGACAUCCUCGGAAGAACCCACAUAAGGGCAAGGAGAACUCACACCCAGUGGGAAGUCAGUGACAAUGAUGACUAUGAGAACCUUGGAGAGGACCGCAUAUGUAAGCAACACCCCCCCCCCCCCCCCCCCCGCAUAUGUGGGCAACCCCCCACCCCCAUCUAGGGGACCGAAAGCAAUGGAUGUCAAGUGGGUCUAACAUGAUAGUGUGAAAGUUCAAUCCAUAGUGGCUCCAACACAGCUGCGAGAGUUCAGUUCAAAGCGGAUCCAAGACAGCAGCCAGAGUCCCCGUCCACAGGAAACCAUCCCAAGCGGACUCGGAUCAGCAUCGUAGAGAUGUCCCCAACCGAUACACAGGCGAGCGGUCCAUCCUGGGUCCCGACUCUGGACAGCCAGUACUUCAUCAAUGGCCAUCGGACCGGACCCCCUCCACAAGGGAGGGGGGGAAAGAGGAAAAAAAGAAAAGAAGCGGCAGAUCAACUGGUCUAAAAAGGAGGUCUAUUUAAAGGCUAGAGUAUACAAAUGAGUUUUAAGGUGAGACUUAAAUGCUUCUACUGAGGUAGCAUCUCGAACUGUUACUGGGAGGGCAUUCCAGAGUACUGGAGCCCGAACGGAAAAUGCUCUAUAGCCCGCAGACUUUUUUUGGGCUUUAGGAAUCACUAAUAAGCCGGAGUCCUUUGAACGCAGAUUUCUUGCCGGGACAUAUGGUACAAUACAAUCAGCAAGAUAGGAUGGAGCUAGACCAGGAGUCGGGAACCUUUUUGGCUGAGAGAGCCAUGAAAGCCAAAUAUUUUAAAAUGUACUUCGGUGAGAGCCAUAUAUUUUUUUAACACUGAAUACAACAAAAUGCGUGCAUUUUUAAGUAAGACCAACAUUUUUAGAGUAUAAUGAGUCUCUUAUUCUUUCUAAUAGCAUUUUUAUUCUGAAGCUAACCUAUAAUAAAGAAAAUGCUUCUUACCAUUGAUACAUCUUCUUGAAAAGGUGCGGUAGAAACCGGAUGGAUGGAUUAAAAUGCAUGAAGUGAAGUGAAGUGAAUUGGAUUUAUAUAGCGCUUUUCUUUAGAGUCUCACAGCGCUUUUACAUAGUGAAACCCAAUAUCUGAGAAUGUUUUAUAUUUUGAAUAUUAUUUUUAACACAGUGAUUAGUAAUUAUUCAUUACUUCUCGUGUUAUCUGAGAGCCAGAUGCAGUCAUCAAAAGAGCCACAUCUGGCUCUAGAGCCAUAGGUUCCCUACCCCUGAGCUAGUAUUUUAUACGUAAGUAGUAAAACCUUAAAGUCACAUCUUAAGUGCUCAGGAAGCCAGUGCAGGUGAGCCAGUAUAGGCCUAAUAUGAUCAAACUAUCUUGUUCUUGUCAAAAGUCUAGCAGCCGCAUUUUGUACCAACUGUAAUCUUUUAAUGCUAGACAUGAUAAAACCCGAAAAUAAUACGUUACAGUAAUCGAGACGAGACGUUCAUGCUCUGUGUUGGUUUUGUUCUUGGAACAAGAUGACACGGUUCAUUUUGUUCACCAGUCAAAAAACAAAACUUUUUCUUGAAUUUGAAAAAAUAUAUAUACAGUAUAUAUAUUUUUCACAAAAAAAUGUGCAUAUAAAACUGGUGGGGUUCAGUACCUCCGACAAGGUUAAGAACCACUGGUCUAGACAAAAAAAAGCCCAAUCCCAAUGAUAGGUCAACCAGGCAAAAGACUAUUUUGCAUAUCGGCUGAAAGUGAAAAUACGUAUUUGUAUACCGUUCACAACUUGGGACAACAGAAUUGUGCCCCACAAAGCCCGUUUUUAGACGGUCCCCACAAGGCCCGUACCGUUGUUAGUCGACCCCCUCUGGAGAAACGCCAGCUCGUUUUACCGCUGUUUACUUUUUGUACACAAUCCAAAAUGUAAGAAAUCCACUUAGUGCAGAUGUUUCACAUAAAUUACAGCCAAUUACGCGGUCCGUCCAAGGGAGCGUAACCAAAUUCCGAGAGCAUGAGAAGCGUCCCUAUCUCCUCUCCUCCGUGUGUAGCAGAUAAUGACACGCCGCUGCAAAACAUCCACACCCAAACUCGGCAGCCAAAGAAAAAAAAGAAAAAAACGAUGUAAUUUCUGCCAUCUGAGUUUUGGUCUGGACAUCUGUAAGCUGGCGCUGAAGACGUCAUGUUUGAUUUUCUUGGUUGCUUUUAGCAUGCGGCCAUGGGGCGGGAAUUAAGCUGAUGACAGUUUAAUGGGUUGGAAAAAGGCCCGUCAUGUAGCGUGAGAGAACUUUGUUGGUGGAAACUUAUUUCUGAUAGAAGUGGUGAUGUAACAACCUGCACUGUCCACCUUCAUGGUAGCAAGCAUGUAAAUACACAAUGGGCAUUUUCGUGUAUAUAACCUGUGAAGACAAAAAAUGUGUACUGUUUUUUGUACAUAUGCAGCAAGUGUGUUUUUCAUGUAAAAGUCUUUUAAGUUAUGUAAUUUGAUGUGCACUGAAUAAAACCAUGUUUAUACCGAU